GACAUUACGUGGAAUAGUGGGUUUUAUGGAAGACGCGGUUUUUGGAGGUGGGCCUGCACGCGUGCUGCGCUGCGGACUAGGGGAAGAGGAAACUUUGGAUUGCCAAGGAAGUGCGAAUGAUUCAUGA